AUGAAGGCUUUCCUGGAGUUCAGAAGGCUGUUUCUCCUUCUUUCCUUGAUAUGGAUUUCUGCUGGGGACUGGUCAGCUCUGCAAGUACUAUGCACCAACUUUUAGUUCUAUGUCAAGAUUAAACCCACAGUAUUUCCCAAUAUUUAUAUGGAGCCUGAUGAAGUGUUUUUAGGAGAAGGUGACUGUGCUGUGACAAUUGUUGAGCCAGGGGUUUUCUAUGAGUUUCUCCACAAUCCUCGUGACUGUGGCAUCAUGAUUAAAAUUCUCCAAGAGGCCAUUCUGUUUAAAACUAAAAUCAAAUACAUCUCAAAAAUCUCCAGUGAUCAAACUGAAAUGCCCUUGUCAUGUGUUGUUCGCCAACAGUAA